AUGGCACCACGGACUCGCGUCGCCCAGGUUCUUCGACCGUUGGCGCGAGCCACGGCCUCCGCGCCAACAGCUGCGUCGUCGCGUGUGGCGAUGCGAUGCAUUGCGACGUCGGCACCAAGACUGCUGAGCGCCUCUUCGCCACGACGGGCCACGAAGCUCACCACGGAGAUGUAUCCCGGCAUCAAGCGCGACGAGCGGUUCAAGCAAAUGAGCAGCGACGACGUGGCCUACUUUAAAGAAUUACUUGGCUCGGACUCGGCGAUCAUUGACGGACUGCACCAGGAUGCCGCUGCGGACAUUGAACCCUUCAACGAGGACUGGCUGCACAAGUACAAAGGACAGUGCCGUCUUGUACUGAAGCCUGGCUCAACAGAGGAUGUCAGUGCAAUUCUGAAGUAUUGCAACGAGCAGAAGCUGGCUGUGGUGCCUCAGGGCGGAAAUACUGGGUUGGUCGGCGGAUCCGUGCCCGUGUUUGACGAGAUUGUCAUCAACAUGGCGCGCAUGAACAAGAUCCACUCUUUCGACGAGGUCAGCGGCUCUCUUGUCGCGGACGCGGGCUGCAUCCUCGAGACGACGGACCAGUACCUCGCGGAAAGGGGCGCCAUCUUCCCGCUCGACCUGGGCGCCAAGGGCUCGUGCCAUAUUGGUGGCAACGUGGCUACGAAUGCUGGCGGGCUGAGGCUUCUGCGCUACGGCAGUCUCCACGGAAGUGUACUCGGACUGGAGGUCGUGCUGCCCGACGGCACGAUCAUGAACGACCUCUGCACGCUGAGGAAGAACAACACGGGCUACGACCUGAAGCAGCUGCACAUUGGCGCGGAGGGUACCAUUGGCAUCAUCACCAAGGUGUCAAUUCAGUGUCCCCAGCGGUCAUCGGCGAUCAAUGUUGCCUUUUUCGGACUCGAGUCGUUUGAAAAAGUGCAGCAAGCGUUCCGUGAGGCCAAGGGCCAGCUCUCCGAGAUCCUGUCGGCUUUCGAGCUGAUGGAUGGCAAGAGCCAGAGCAUGGUGCACAAGGUGCGCCCGGACAGCAAGAAGCCCCUCGAGGACGAGCAUCCCUUCUAUUGUCUCAUCGAGACGAGCGGUUCCAACGGCGAGCACGACUACGCCAAGCUCGAGUCUUUCCUCGAGGACGUGAUGACCAAGGAGAUCAUCACGGACGGUGUUGUCGCGCAGGAUGCGACGCAGCUCAAGUCGCUCUGGAGCUGGCGCGAGGGGAUACCAGAGUGUCUCGGCCACUGGGGCGGUACCUACAAGUACGACGUGUCGAUCCCCAUCAAGGACAUGUACGCCAUUGUGGACGACAUCUCGGCCAAGAUGGAGGAGGCCGGUCUCAUCGGCGAGACGGACGAGUACCCCGUCGUGGGCGUCGUGGGGUAUGGCCACAUGGGCGACUCCAACCUGCACCUUAAUGUUGCGGUGCGCCGCUACGACACGGCGGUCGAGAAGAUUCUCGAGCCCUACGUCUACGAGUGGAUCGCGGACAAGAAGGGCAGCAUCAGCGCCGAGCAUGGGCUGGGCAUUGCCAAGAAGAACUAUAUCGGGUACAGCCGAGACGAGACGACGAUUGGCUUGAUGAAGCAGAUUAAGAACCUCUAUGAUCCGGAUAAGCCUUCCUGCAUCGUUCAUGAGGCUGCCGCGAGAGGUGCGUCCAUCGGCGGCAGACCCCCUUACGAGCAUUACAGUCCCGUCCCUCACCAGGUGAAUCAUUCUUCUGCAAGUGUCAGCGUCGUGCCGUCGCAUGGCGUUCCUGGCUCCGCAGGGCUGAACAUGACACUUGCUCCGGGGACCUCUCUGAAAUCAGAGCAGGUUACUCUUCUUGUCUGUAUCAUGGUCGGUGUUCCUGGGAAGUAUCAGGGCUGUGAAACGUGCCGUAGACGGCGGGUGAAGUGUAGCAACGAGCGACCGUUUUGCCAGAAGUGUGCCAACAGCGGAAGGCAAUGCGAAGGCUACGAGCGCGAGCGAGUCUUCAUCACCGGAACGCCGGAGCACCGCGGACGAGUCGCAUCGCAUCCCAGGCAACCUACAUCAUCGGCAUCGUCUUCGAGGCGGAGACAUCUGGAUUCCGAAGCCAGGUCAACGCCAGAGAUCACCCCUGAGCGAGACACAGCUGCCCCAUUCGCACCAGCGUGGGAGGACCAUAUCGCACUCGAUGUUCAAGGUGCGCUGGAUUAUGCCUUCCUCACGUCUCUGCAUAUACCGCCGCAGAGCAUCGUUUGUCAGGCGAGGCAGAACCAAGCCGAGCUGCAGAGCUGGAAGAUCGCUUCAGCGCCAUACAUCCUCCCAGACGUGUUGUCCAUGUCGAUUGAUGGCACGCUCCGGCUGAAAGGAAGGUGUAUGGCCCACUUGUCCGACCUCACCAGUGACAAAGAGAAAGCCCCGGCUUCGAUAGCCUUCUUGCUAGAGGUAAGCGUCCAGAAGACGACGAUGGAAAGCCCUGUCCAGCAGCUGGGUCCGCAUAAUUUCGUAUCGUUCCCGAACCACCACUUCUUCGCCCGAGUCUUUCGGCCUUUGAUUGUAGAUUGGCUCACGGUGCCUUGGGCCAACCAUCCGAAAACGCUCUUGGAUCAGUUACUUGAUCUCAUAUCUUUUGUUCCUCCUCUUUUGCAGCAGCUCGACGCCAUAUCGGCAGCAGCGGCUACGACUCCUCGCCGUCAACAAGCCCAGACGCUGCUCGGGAAUUGCAAAGCUUUGGAAAGUCGUUUCGACCAGUGGCUGACAUCGGCCCAUGAGGAGACAGCCGAGCAGCAGCAGCAGUGCUACUGGGUAGAAGAGACGGCUAGCGCGCUGGAGGCAGCCCCUUUCGCCGGUCUACUCAUGUUCAGAGACGGUUCUACCGCCCUCAUGUUUCUGUAUUUCUGGAUGUCGCAGAUCUCUUUCCAUCGAUGCAUCGAACGUCUGUACACAAUCAUUUUCGAACCAGUCAUCGACAUGUUCCCGCCCGCGUGGCCAGAACUGCUCCCCAAUCUUGAGCUGGAUGACCUUGGUCGCUAUCAACAGACCCACGAACUCGCAACGAGCAUUUGUCGCGGGCUCGACUCAGCUCUCGGAUACGCUGCGCAGCCCGAGCUACUCCUAGCCCCAAUGACAACUGCGCUGAAUCUGUUCAGAGACGACAAUACUAAUGCGCAUGACGGCAUCCUUGAGAUCUUCUGGUUGGAGGCUUUCAAGUCUCGCUUGGCGGAUAAAGGGCAGUAUCUGGCUUCCAUGUUGGAAAGAAGCAGUUGGGUAGAACUAGCCAGGUUUUGA